GGAGGAGGGAGGCCCGAGCCCGGGCUGCAAUGGAAGGGAAAAGGAAAAAGUCGUCAUCUUCCAGUUUACGUGAGUACCGGAUACCAAAGAAAAAACCCAAUGGGGAGUCCGAGGAUGUCCAACCCCAGUCUCCUCUGACAAGGCUAAGAAGUUGGGACCACGUCUUUCAGGGGUGGCAAAAGGAGGUAAGAAAUAAGAACUCCUCCACACCCUGGAGAAGGAAAAGGGAUUUCUCUGGGUGUGUCUUCCCUUCUGAAAGAUCACCAGACAGGAGGCAACCCAAAGUUAUAUUGAGGAAUGUCUUGAGGACGGAAUUAGGACGACAGUACAUAAAGACACUUCCUAGGACUGAUGCUAAUUUAUCUGAUGCUGACAAGUUGCAGUCAGAGCUUCUGCCUUCAUCAUCUGUUGACCGCCUAGAGAGAGAUCACAAAUUAAAUCCUCUUCACCAAAACCUUAAUUUAUCCGAAAGGCAACCCAGAAUUGUAUUGACGAAUAUCCUGAGAACGGAGGUAGGAAGAAAAUGCAUAAAGACCCUACCUAUUGCUGAGGCUAAUUUAGCUGAUACUACCAACUUGCAAUCAGAUCAACUUUCCUCAUCGCCUGUUGACAACUUAGAAACUUGUCAAAAACUCAGUUCUCCUCAUCAGAGUCCUUUUUUGUCCAAAAGGAGGGCUCAGCGCCAGAAUAUACCAAGUGACAGUCUGGCAGAGCCAGCUGAACUCCUGAAAGAAAAAAGUGGAAACGAAGAUACUUGCCUUGUACAGGAGUGUGAUCUUCAGCUUAAAGGAGUUAAAGAUUAUGAACCACAGAAGGGGAGCGAAAACCAAGAUGAAGCAGCUUUGUCUUUAACAUUGGAGAAGAAGAAAACGCCUAGCAGCCAUUUUAUUGCUGGUGUCAAUGCUGCUACUCUGGAGAAAUCAAUAUUAGAGACUAAGGAGCAAGAAAAUGACUCAACCGCAAGUUCUGGGUUCAGCGAUCCCGGCGAAAACGUCCACGGUCACGAGCCCGCGCUUCUCCAGGAAUAUACUCCGCAGCCUGCAGAAGCUGACUUCACACAACCAUCCUCCCUGGAGAGCCUGGAGUUGGCUUUGAACAGCGCCCGGAAGAGUUACUACGACUGUUUCGCCACAAGUCCCUUUCGGAAACAGAACUGGGUCCCAAGUGAUGGCGAGGGGGUUUCUCGUCCUGUGGAGAGCACCGGUCAACUGAACACCAAGGGAAGACUUUGUCUACGAAAGCUGCCCACCAAGCCCGGUGAAGGGAAACAAUUGCUAGUCUCUGUUGAACCGAUUGUUGUUUCCAGCGAUGAAGAAGGGUCUGCUGAACAGAGAAGUUCAGAAAUAGUUAAUUUGCAACCUGAAAAAGACCAUCAAGAUGUCAAAAGUGAAACUGAGAGAUUAUCUGAGUCACCAUUGCCAGAACCACCACCUCAAGAUGUGACUGUCUGUAAACUUGGACAGAUUUCCCCCGGGCUGUCUUCCAAAAGCCCUGACGAGGAUAACACUUUGAGCGAGGUGUCUGCCAACGUCGUGGAACCCAUCCUGGAAAUUGAAUUUUCUUCCAUUUAUAUCGGUAAAAUUAAAGGAAUGUCGAAUGGUUGUGUGAAGGUCACUACAAAAACUGUUCACAUCCCAUUUCAAGUGGACCCGAACAAGACUGUUUCCUUGUCAGUUGAUACCAUUCAUCUAAAGAAGUUUGGGUUUUGGAAAACAGUGGACGACGCCCAUUGCAAAAAGAUCAAUGCUGUCAUUUUCCUGUGGGCCACUUCAGACUAUGUGGAAGAAGUUGAAACUCAACUUGGAUGUCGUGUUUUAAGCCAGCCACUGAAAUCCAAUGAAUUCAUUUUCCUGGAGCUCAAGAAGCCAAUUUCGGAGACUGAGGAGGUUAAGUUGAACGAAGUGAUGGCAGAAGUGUCCAAGAAGAACCGAUCGAUCGAUCUUUCUGAGCCGUUAUUGUGGAGUGAAGCUCUUCCUUUGAUUCAGGAUUUCCCAUUAGAAGAAUGUUCCUUUUUGCAUCACCUCUAUUCUUCGUUUCAGCCGCAACAGGAAGAGGAUGGUGCCUUGAGGACCACACAACCCCUGCCUCAGGUCUCGACGACAAGUGCUACCAAACCCAAUUACACACUUUUACAGAAACAACAUAGCGGUUUAUAUUCACUCUCUAUGACAUCUAAGUCAGACGAUGACGAGUGGAUCGAAGUGAAGAACACCGGACCGAUUCAGAAGUUGAUAGUGUACCCACCUCCACCUACGAAAGGCGGACUGGGCGUCACUAACGAAGAUCUGGAAUGUCUAGAAGAUGGAGAAUUUCUCAAUGAUGUGAUCAUCGACUUCUAUCUUAAAUACCUCCUGUUGGAGAAAGCUCCAGAAAAACUUGUUGAACGAUGCCACAUUUUUAGCAGCUUCUUCUACAAAUGCCUGACUAGACAGGAAAAGAGUUCAACGGUAGAAAAUUUGCAGCUUUCAUUGGCACAAAGAAGACAUAAAAGAGUAAGAACGUGGACACGUCACAUAAACAUCUUUAAUAAAGAUUAUAUCUUUGUACCUGUGAAUGAGGAGUCUCAUUGGUAUCUGGCAGUCAUUUGCUUUCCGUGGCUAGAAGAAGCCGUGUUUGAAGAGUGUCCAAAGCAGCCAUCCCAGCAACUUCAACAAGACUGCCUCAAAAUAGAUCACACCCAUUGUUCGACUUCACAACUGUCCACGGACUCAGAGGACACCCAGAGCACAAUGAAGAAUAAAUCUGAAGCCAAAACACACUGUAAAAGGCCGUGCAUUCUUAUAUUGGAUUCUUUGAAAGCAAGUUCAGUACAGAAUACUGUUCAUAUUUUGAGGGAAUACUUGGAAGUAGAAUGGGAAGUGAAAUGGAAAACGCAUCGUGAAUUCAACAAAAGCACCAUGGUGGACUUCUGCCCAAAAGUUCCUAAACAAGAUAACAGCAGCGACUGUGGACUGUAUCUCCUCCAGUAUGUCGAAAGCUUCUUCAAGGAUCCUGUUGUUAAUUUCGAGCUGCCAAUGCACUUGGAGAGAUGGUUUCCUCGUCAGGUGGUCAGGAACAAGCGGGAAGAGAUUCGGGAGCUGAUCCUGAAGCUUCGUUUCCAGCAACAGAAGGGUAGCGGAAGCUAAUUCGUCUCCCCUGGCAGACACGGCACAGAUGUUGUGGAACGGGAUUACCGGAAAGCCGCUUACCGGCACUUGGGUUACCUGGCGGGCUAGGAAGAAAACUCCCCGUAGCCGUUUUGUAAAUUUGGGCCAAAUUAGCCAACCUGUCCAUGACUCAUUAUUCAAACUGUUUGACUUGAGUGGCAAAACUGUAGAUAGACCAUGUAAGUAUGUAAUUUAAAACGGACUACGAACUUGACGUCCGAGCAACCCACCGGUAGAGGGAAUGUGACAAGGUUUUCCGAGGCGACGGAAGAAGGCGCUCCGAUCCCGUCCGCGAUUCCGAGAGCGGAGUCCGAGCCGUGGGAAGAGAGUCGCUCCCGCGGGGCCCACAGCGAUGUCGGUCCCGUUUGCCGACGGGUGGUCACCCCGUAUCGUCGUCCCGUUCUUCCAGUAUGAAUACUGUGUAUUUCGAGUCCGUGGGCUGGCCCCAGGUUCCCCACCGUCCCACAGUUCGGGCCACCUGGGGAUACGUCCCGCGCUAUUUGCUGAUUUAUCCCAGCAUCCGUAAACCCCCCACCCCUAUCCUUCCGUCCAGUUGCGCCGGGUAAGUCAGGUCCCUCUCUGGCCCCUUCCCGCCAUGCCCUCCCUCCCUCUCUCCCUCUGUUCCCAGUAGCUUUCCUGUCCCUCGGCCACUCCUCACACCCCAGACUUGCCCCCUCCCACUCUAGAUUUGUCCCCUCUCCCCUCACUCUUGCUUUUUAUUUUAAAGUAACUCACCAGCAGCUGGGGCUAUGAGCCCACUGUCGCCUUCCCUCCCUUCCUCCCUUUCCUCAGCUGUACCACCACCACCUCAGCCCGGCCAGAGCCAUGGAGAAAGGAACACGUCGGGGCCUGGUUGGAGAGGGGCACCUCAGAUCCCUCCCAGGCUGCUCUUAGUGUCGGUGAGCCCCCUGCAUAUCUACCCCCCUACACACAUACCUUGCCCCUUGUAGCCCCACUUCCAACCCCUGGCCAAAGCUGAGGGAAUCGGGGGAAAAAUCGGGCCAGGGCCAGAGAAAGUUGUGGGGUGGGGGACGGGCAGGGGGCUGCAUUUCUCUCUGGAGCUGCCGUCGUCACGGCUGAGCCCCCUUUCCCCCGAUCUCUCCAGCACCCCCUUCCCACUCGCCACCCUACCUCUACUCUCCUUCCCGCUGUAGCCAUCUCUCUGCCCCGGCCAAAGGUCCCGGGAUGGACCAGGAUGGGAGAGAUGAGGUCCCGUUCCCCUCUCAUGCUGCCCCCGCUACGCUUAGUUGAAAAAGAGAAAAUGAAAAUAGUGAAGCGUGGGAGAUGGUGGAGGGACCGGGGGAGAGAAGAGAGAGGGUUCUGAGCUCAGAGUGGAGGGAGGAGGUGUCAGAAAAAUCAGCGGAGACAGGAGACGGUGGGGACGGGGAACGGAUAGAUGCAGGGGAAGGGCCAGGGAGGGAUUUACAGGGCGACUUCCACGUCCCCCUGGGAUUUGACCAUCACAUCGGGCCGCUUCUGGAACGGAAACAUGGCUGUGGUAUAAGGCCCUAGUCAAGGUCCCUGACCCGGUCGUAUCAUGUGAUUCGGCUGUUGUUGGAAGCCCCCAGAAUGCCUUAUGAGGCAUUUACUCCUGGACAGUAGGAAAGAGGGAAUCGUGAUGGAAGGUGAGCUGUGGGGCCCAUUGAUCCUCUUCACCACGUCAGCGUUUUGAGUGGCAAGAGGUAUCCUCACCCUGCUCCUAGUCGGGGUUUUCCGUUUCCAUUCAGCACAAGAAGGGUGCAGAAGUUCAUACAUUUUUCAGUAGGUGAAGCAGGGAAGAAAGCUGAAAUAAAUGGAGUUACCUCUUUCCCACCUUCCCCCCUCCCACACUUCCCAACACCAUAAUUUUAUUUUUCCUUACCGAUUUGCAAAACCAAAGUCUGGAAUUUUUGGAACGACCUUCUUUGGCUUACUAGUCCUUUCUCUGUCUCUCUCUCUCUUUCUCUCCCUCCCCCACACACCCCCAUAUAUAUGUUCAUUCAUAUUCAUGCACAUCAGUGAGUUCACACUGCUCAUACCCAUGUGUAUGUAUAAAAUGUAGAAGGUACCAUUGAUCUUAGUUGCUUUAAAAAACCCCAGUGAAUUACACACGUUUGGUUCUUGGCCUGUAGGAAUCCAACAUGUAAUUUUCAGUCCGUCUCUCCUCUAUUUAUUUGUAAAUGUAGAGUAAAUGUACAGUGGCACAUUUUUCACUUGGCGUCAUCCGGCAGAAGAUAUUCAGGCAAAUUUUAUACUGAUCUAUCCUGGGAUAUUGCUGGGAUUAUGUGGAUUAAGGAUUGCUGAACCAUUUCCAUUCAGUGCACUUUAUGAAAAUGGAUAUCUGGGCAUGUUUGGAGGACACAGCUCUGUUCUCCUCUGGGAUUCCAAAUAUACUUUUGGGAAAGAGUGCUCUUUUAAUCGCUCACUUUAGAAUUAUUUUGCAGUGUGGUUUUACUUAAUGACGAUAUUGAUUAAAGCACUUAAGACGUGCCAAGCACUGUGCUAAACGGAGUUGAGGCGAGGUGCUCCGCUUGGUCACAGUUCCUGUCCCAAAGAGGGCUCGCAGUCUAAAGAUAAAACCAAGGGCCAACCGCUAGAUUUCAAAGAAAUGUGAGUUGAGCGCCAUUUUAAAGCUCUAAUCAAAUCUAGCCUUUUCGCUAUUUGAUCCUUUUUAUAUCUUUGUAUGUGAAAUAUUUUUGUCUCUGAAUUGUGAAUUCAGUAAUUAUCACAAAUCUCAGUUGAAUGGAAAAAUGCUUCUUGAAAAAGACUCGCUCUAUUUGGAUACAGCAGCUGAAAGGUUGAAACCGCUUGUGCUCUUCAAACUUCAUUAUUUGUCCACUCUCAGAGUUACAACUCUCAUUUUUUUUUCCCCGAAAACUGUUUCAUAAGAUCUUUCUUCCAAAAUGCUGGGGGAAUGAGUGUGUUUUAAGAGUAAAUGUAGUCGUUAUUAAACAUCUUUCCAAAAUUUA